AUGGCAGACUGGAGAGCCCGUGGUUACGUCCAGGACUCAGACGAGGAAGAAGACUCUCAGAAUCCGACUCUUACGGCAUCCAGGGAAGCAAUCCACAUUGGUGACAUAGAAGCUAUCGAGUCUGGCGAGCCGCACGAUGGGAAGGCUUAUGACGGUCGGGGCACAAGAGAAGGCAGGGAUGGUGGAGUUGGAAACAACGGAAUUGGUGUUACAAGUACAGGAGAACAAUGCAGCACUGCGGCAACCCUACUAGUGCAACGUGAGGAAGAAGAUGCUCUGUCACCAGUAGUGGGGCAAAAUACCGAAGAACUCAUGGUAUAUUCCGACGGGGAUAUCGAUGAGCUCCAACAAGAUCACUACAGUGCCACACCAGCAGCACGACUUACAGCAGAAUUGCCCGAUAGAGCCCAUGACCUGGAGGCGAGACCUUAUUCAAGCCUAACCCCACCCAACGAAGUUGCAUUUUCAAGCUCUCUAUCGUCUUCGCCACUGCCCGAGUUGUUCAUCACCAAUCAUGGGACACCAUCCACACCAGGCACGCAGAAGUCGACUCACGAAGAUCAAAGUGAUGAACGGGAAACCUCUAUAGACGGCGGUCCCGAGACUCUCGAGUCAACUUCUCGCCACAACACUACAAAUGAGCCAGAGCCACAGUUUGUUAACCAAGCUCAUGAAUCUGGGAGAGCGACUCGCAAUCUACGCCACCGUAAUCCCAUUCAGCUACGCCCAUACGCGCUUGAGAGCGAGCAAUACCGCCAAACUCUCAAAGCAAGAGGAGUGAAACCCCUGCGUAUAGCGCAAAUGGAAGCCGAGGCUGCAAAGACACGGGAACAAGAGUCUCAGAACAUUGAAUUCUAUGGCGAAGAUAGCCAGCUUGUGGACAGUGACACCGAACAACCAGAACCCUAUUCUGCAUCUCCCAUCCAGCUUGAGGGCUCUCCGAUUGUCACAUCUCAAGACGAGAGGGACAUCUUUGUCUUUGGAGAUGAUGAUUUACCGGACAUGAGUACCCUUCUCAGCCAUUCAAUGCUCAAGUAUGUCGGCAAUGGCCAUAAGAGGCGUAAGAUUGGUAAGGCGAAAUCGACGACCUUCAGGAUGCCCCCAGGCUUAGUCUUGAACCGACAUUCAUCCCUGCCCGGGGACAAAGCUAGCCCAGCACUCAAUGAGGACGACGUUAUAUUUGACGUGGCCCCAUCACCACCUCGGUCGGGGAGUCAGAUACCACAAGAGAUUGGUCGCCCUGCUUUGCCUGUCUUUCGGGUGCCGCGAAGGACCACGCCUGCUGCUCUUCCAACGCCGAUGACUUCUUCAGACCCUAGGCGACGGCACCUGCUCGAAUUUUCGGAAGAAGAACAUUCUGAUAGUCGCUCUCACCGAAUCAGACGAACGACAGACUCUGAUGACUCAACCGACGCUGAGAUGUGUCCAUCCGAACAGGAAACAUCUCACCAAUUUCAGCGCGCACAACGCAAGAUACGCGGAGUCCUACCAGCGUCUUGGCUGAAGCUAGACCUGAAAACCCAAAAGAAGAAGCCCGAGGAUACUUACAAGGCUCUUCCUAGUGUAUCGCCUGACAGAAACGUUGCUCAACGAGGUGUAGCGCGCAUGAUUAUCGCGGCAGGCAGCAAGAGACCUGGUACGCCGAAUCGAAGACCGCAGAUCACUGUGCUGGCCGAUGACGAUGGUCUCGAAUCGGAGUCAGACGAGCUGCCGCAACAAACUCGAAUUCAUCAACGCCAGCAUCAAAUGCUUGAGAAUGGUGGAGAAGGGCUUCUCACGGGAAGAUGGGGAGAGGCUGCAGAAGACGACCGAAUCGAUGCCAUGUUGCCUUCGGCAACAAGGGCUUUCCAUUCCCGAAAAAGCAACAAACGCCAGACUAAGAUAGGAGACAUCCACCCCCGUCCUCGGGUUACUCCCUACGGCAUCUCGAAGAAAGCCUCAAGCAAUGGCGCCCAUCAGCGCAAAUUCAUGGACCAGUUCGACGAAAGUCACAGGGAGAAACCCAAAUAUCGCCCGCCGAGACUUGGUAUACUUGACGCACCAUUAACGAAGGGACUACCUCAGGACUCUGUGCCCCAAUUUCUCAAAGUCGCAACUCGCACAGCACGCUCACGCCGUGAUCAAGGAAGACACAGUCCGUCUCGAAAGUUUGUCCGCUUGGCAACAAGGGAUGAUGAUAACGAUGCCAAUGAGACCCUACAAAAUUGGCGGGAAGGAACCAUUGUACCUUUGGCUAACGACAAGAUCAAUGAAGCAUCAACUCGCCAGCCUUUGUGCCCGCGCUCAACGAAUAGCCCCGUGCCCUCGUUGGCGUCCAAAACGACACGGAGCUUCCAAGAGUUCAAAUUGUCGGCCUCUCGAAAGACAUCCGCGAAAUCGCAUCUUCGUCUCACAAAGUCUCGAAAGCUUCAGACCUCCCUAGAUCAUCUCAUCGAGCGUCGAUGUAGAGACGAACCUCAGACUAGCCAACAGAAAGCGCCCUCAUGGCUUCAGCAAUCUAUCGAGAAGCCAAAAAAGCGAGGGCAGAUAGUCUCUUCGUUGCGAGCUAUCAAGGAUUCAAGGCCAGCAAUGCUAGAGUCUACUCGGGCAGACACAGAUGGGACACAUGCACAGGCUAUGUUUCAGCGAGAUCUGGCCAGAGUCAAUCACUUUGAGGAUGAUUCAGGACUUCCUGGUGUUGUAGUACGGAGGUUUCUUGGAGAGGACGGCAUGCGGCCAUCCAAUACUGCUGCUCUACAGGCAGAUCGUGUGAUAGUGGGUCAGGAUGCCAAUGCUACCCCCACCAAGAGGAUCCUUCCCCACAAGCGGAGAAAAAGACAGCCACAACACGUGGAUAUUCCCGAAACGUGGUCCAGAGAGCCCAGUGCACUUGUUAUCUCGUAUGAUUAUCCAGGUCAAGCUGUGGAUUCCUCUGAAGUACAGAAAAGGGACAUGCUUGUUGGCCUGGGACCGUUUGGAACCCGGUAUAGUGACACUUUUGGUGUCACUCCUCUACCUACGGGAACUUGCUUUAGUGCAAACACUUUACUAGGCAAUGGUGCCUUUGCUAAGGCUCUCAAACAUGCGAUUACCGCCAAUCUCGAAAGCUCCAGAGGAUACGCCCUUGCGAAUUUCAAUGGUAGGAGCCUGAGAUGGGGCCCAUGGAAUGACGCUGUCUCUUCGGAGCUGGGUGAAGUUUUCGAGGCAAUUAACCAGUCGCUACAAAAUGCCGCGGGCCAGAGCCUAGGAGCACCGAGUUUCCUUAGGUACGAGCAAGUCUUGCUCUUGCAAAAAAGCAUUCUUGAAUACUUCUCGAAUCAUUUGAGCUUCCUUGACCCAGUGGACAGAGUUGCAUACGUCCUGAGAUGCAAGAGCCUUAUUCUUACCUUGACUGCUGAGCUCAUCGAUCAUAGUGCAGUCAGCAGAACAACCAACCACCAAAUUUCAGACAAGUUACAAAAGGACAUCCAAAUCAGCACACUUAACCUAUCAGUUGCCAACCAAUUGAGACAGAUCUCUAAGCAUGAGCUCAUACCGUCAAGAUUGCAGGAUGAAGUUGGAUCCCUAGUUCAAAAAGCAGCCCUUCACACUCUCGACUUGUCGCUGGGAAAGGGGCUUGAGCCGUUCGAGACUUGUCUAUCAAAUCUUAGGAAUCAGAAUGCAGACUAUCGCAUCCAGGACUAUUCCAUCGAAGCAUUCGUUGUUGCCCAACAUGUGCUUGGCCAAGACCCAGACUCUAAGACGAGCGUCUGGCUGACUUUGCUGAAAGCUGUCCCAACCAGAUCCUCGCAUGGUAUUUUCGAUGUCGCUUUGGCUGAGAAAUCUUGGAAACAGCUCUUUACCUUGCUACCUUUCCUCGAAAUGGACGCACAAGGAGUUGUAGAGACUGGGCGUCGGUUCAGGGUUCCAUUUGACAAUUGGACGCUUGCUAAGCGCCUCAUAAACCCUGUGUUGGAAGCUUCGCUAAGUAACCCACAACGGCAACCUCCUAGCUUCAACUCUUACUGCCGAGCCAUCUUUGGGCGUUGCCUCCACUUGAUCAAUGGCUGGGGCUGGCGAAGAUGCGAAUCCAUCAUUGGAACACUUUUCGACUAUUUCGCUCGUAACAGUCUAGCUCAUCUGAGGAGCGAAGAAAGCAAGGGCUCACCGCUCUUUCUGGAACGUCUAGGCGAGAACCCUAAUCUGAUCUCUGAGGCCGAAGAUAGGGGCUUUCAUAUCCUGCUAAAGAUUAUAGGAAGCGGCGUCAAGCACAUGCGACAGUCAUACUCCGAGAAGAAGAUUCGAGACGUAGUAUGGCGCUUGAUGCCAAAUCAUGGCCGCUCCCACCCGAAAGAAGAAGCCAUUCGUCAAGAACAUUUAGACGCAUUGCGAAAUCACCAUGAUCUGCUCUGUACUUUAUACUGGGCUUCCCCGCCCAGCUGCAGACCGCCGUUGACCGUCAUUCGCAACCUGGUCAACCUGGAAAUCUCGCAUCGAGAGGCCUGCCAUAUCAACAUCCGGGCCUGGUUCCACCUCGUCAAAUUCCAAUUAUCGACCGAUGAGCCUAUCACUAACCUAGAGCCGUUCGCUGAGUGGCACAAUCAUAUUUUGGCGCAAAUUCUUCGACAGCAUAGUCUUGCUCGCACGGAAGCGGAGGACCAAGUCAGAUCAGCGCAGUCCGUCGGUGGCCUUAUUGUGUCCAAAGAAUUGCUUGAAACAACCAUAGCUAGGAACCAGCGCCAGGUCGAAGCAAUACUGAGUGACGCUUUGGUGUGCCUUAAGCUCGCUACCGACGCCGCUCUGAAUCCUAAAGCCGCUUCAACCUUGUUGUCUACGACGUUGGCCAAAGUUUUCGAAUUGUUUGACGCGAGCAGAACUCAAGCUAAUAAGCCAAUUAUACAAGCAUUAGACGUUCUCACUGCAUGUGCAAGCAAGUCGUCAGAGUCUUGCGAUAAGAACGAAGAAAGCCAAGAUUAUGGAGACUGGUCAGCUUUUGACGACGAUUCCGCAGCCAUACCACGACAAGAAGACACGGUCUCGCCGUUUGUUACGUUCCACGACCCUUUGAGGCAUCUUCUCUCGAAUUGCUUUGGAGCAGACCAGGUGCCCGAUGAUGCUCUGCUAUUGAAGGUGGUUGACGUUUGGGUUAUCGUUGCCCAAGGACUGGUUCGAGGUGGGCUAAGAUCUUGGACUGAUUACCUUGGUCAAUUUGGACACGACUCUUGGAGUUCAUUGCGAGACACGGAGCAGACUAGGAAAUUCUUUGCCUACUAUCUGGCUAGGUUAAUUGAGAGGGACAACAAAACCUACCAUGACCACAAAGCGUUCUUUUUGAUGUCUUGGGUCUGUUCGCUGGUUGAGCGCGAGUCACUGCUCAAAUUUCAACAUCGACUUAUAAGUGCCUUGCUGAACACAGAUUCUGAGAAUUCUUUACUACAAAAUCUACCCUUUUGGAAGGAUGCAGCCAAUGGAACAUAUCAAGUCGCGGCAUCAGAUUUCUCUGAUCGCAGGCUAUCAUUGAUCUCCAGCGUCCUGUCGAAUAUGCGGGUUUCUUUGGAAAGUGCCGUAUUCGAACCCUUUGUGAACGGCAAUGAGCUUCGGCAAGAAUUCAAGGAUUUACUCAAGCACCUCAUGGCGACGAUGAAGCGUAAUUAUCAAGAGCUUGGCCACGGAUCAAACGCCAGAGGAGGUUAUGUCGACUUCGUGCAUCGUGUCGUCGAGUUCUUGCAGCAGCACACUUCGACAAUUUGUCCCAUAGAUCGCUUCUUCACCGACAACGGUGCCUUCCCGCUACCCGCCACGGAUCCGACAUACGUCGUCGGCCAGCUCAAGAAUUACGGCCUACGACUGCAAGACGCUAGGACGCCCAAGCAGCUCGCAGUCUUCCUCCAAUCUGUAUCCGAGCGAGCUGCUAUCGAUGGCCAACAGCCAUACCUCGUUGGCCAGCUGCACACGGCAAUGUCCAGUGCUUUCGAGGACGGUGUAUCAUCUAUACCGACGUUGCGCUCUUUCCUCGUCAAGAACAUCAUUCCGGCAUAUGUCGAGAUGGCUUUCAGCACGGCAUGUGGCUGGGUCCUAGCAAUGCCCUAUCUGCAAGCUCUGCAAGCAGUCUUUGAAGAGCUACUUAAGGAUCUUGAUGGCACCAACCCGGGUAGUGUCGCCGCCAUUGCAAGCAUGAUCACUGCUUUCCUCGAUUCGACGCGACAAUCGUUCGAAAUACUCAUAGCGGAUUCUUGCGAAUCAAAACCAAGAGACGUUAGGACAUUGAGGACUAUGUCAGCAUGCUACUCAGCCAUCUCCUCACUUCUACCGGUCCUAGACUAUAUCGUCCGUCUGCCAGGACCAGCUCUGUUUGCAGUUGACAACAUUGAGUUCUUCAAAUCUUUCGCUGUGAACUUUUCUGCUGUGCUCCGCAGCGACUGUGACGCAAAUAUGGCAAACAUCGACAUAAAUGAGAGGCCACUCGCGGAGGCAUCGAGCCCCAACAUUCGCCGGUUCGCUACGCAAGAGCUGAGAGACAGCUUGACCAGAAUCUGGGUCCGCCACGGUGAUCAGUAUUAUGUCAUUAGAGGCUCAACGAGGAGGGAGGUUGUGAUGGACAUUGGUCUGUAUGAGGAGGAGAAGGCGCAACUGCUGAUAGGCUUUGGAGAGUUCUUCAAGACUUGCAUAGCGAUGCCAGCGCUGAGGGAGGAAGGUGAUCACUUUCUAGUAACAAGAGAAAGGAAGCUGUUGGAGACCAACGAGUUGUUUUUCUGA